AUGAUUAAAAGAGCAUGUCACCAAGGGUCUCCUCCAUCAUCAAACGUUGCCAUGCUGCCAACAAGAAUUGGAAAGAGAAAACAAGACAAGACUUCAUUCCAAUUUAUUGGAAAUGCCAAUUUGAAAGUAUUAGAAACUACAUGCAACAAUUCAAUGUUUGCUGUUUUUCAAUACUCUGAAAAGAUAAAUACCACUCCAAUGGAAGGAGUUUUACUAAUGAAAGGCAUGGACAUGGAAGGGUCUUCAACUCAUAGACGAAAGGUUUCGAAACAAACUCCAACAAGAAAAUCAAAAAAGACAGAAUCUGUAGUACAGGAUAGUACCACAUCUACGAAUGGCAAGUCAUCAACACUCACAACAAUACCCUCACCACCAGCCAUUGAAGAACAUGCCAAUUGUCACAACUUUAACCAUUCCACAACAACAACAUCUUCCUCUUACUCAAAACCUCCAUCAAGAUUUAGCAUUUCAAUCAAGGAAAUUCUCAAUUGA